AUGUUAUCUGAAGCCGAAUAUUAUACCGCUUUACAAAACGUACACAACAUUCCUUCUCAUAUUCAAGUACAACAUCGACAGAAUUAUACAAAAUUAUUAAAGAAACAAAUCAAAGAAUAUGAAUACAAUUUAAAAUAUGACAAUUUUCAACCAUUGCCAUAUAUUCCGUACUUUGUAAACAAAACAACAACUGAACCAACAUUACAACAACUCAUACAAGCAGCAACAUCAUCAUCCGAAUUUAUUAUGGAUACAGAAUCAAUUAAUAUAUACAAAAGAAAAAAUGAACCUACAUUAAUUCAAAUCCAGAUCAUAUUACCAUACAAUUUGUCUUUGGUUAUGAUCGUUGAAAUGUGGCAUUUACCUCGUAAUAAUACCACUUGUUUUACAUUAAUCAAACAAUUAUUUAACAUUAUCUUUACGACAAACAAAAUUAUUUAUCUAUGGGGUCUUAAAGAUGAAUUAACUCCUUUCGUCGAUUUUAAUUUAUUUUCACAUGAUCAACUUCAAUCUAUUACACCAAUUAAUUUACAACACCAAUUUAAAUUAUUUUGGAAUGAACAACAUACACAUCGUAAUCGUAUUUCAACAUCUGAUGAUAUAUUAGAAGAAAAUUGUUUAUGUGAAACGUGUAUCGGCAAGAAAUCCUCAGAACCUUGGUCUCUCCAAGAUUCGACAGCAUAUUUGCUGAAGGAGUAUCUUCCGAAAAUUUUAACUAGAGAAAAAUUUAAUUUAGGAUUAGAUCCACACUUAUUUAAUUUAGAUUUUCAAGAACGACAAUAUCGACAACAACUUACAAAUUAUGCAUUAAACGAUUGUUUAUCAAUGCAACGAAUAUUGAUAAAUAUGAAAAAUGAAAAAUUCGAAUUUAAAUUUCAUUCGAAGAAACCUAUUAAAAAUAAAUCAUUUCAAUUAUCACAAUUUACUUCAGAUGAAGAUGAUGAUGAUUUAUUCUCUUCACAAUCGACUUCAACAUUUUCCAAACCUCAAGAAAAAAUUUCCAAUCAAAUUAUUUCUUCAAAAAAAUUAUCCACUCCAUCUAUCAUAACUCUGGAAAAUAAUUUGAUAUUAUCUACUCAAAAUGAAUUAACUAUGAAUCAUCCACCAGAAUUAAUUCCAUCAUUAGUUGGUUUACAAGGAUACUCACAUGAUUGGAAAUCUAUACGAACGAAUGAAAAUAAUAGUAAUUUACUUGAUCAUGCAAAUGUACAAUCAGAAUCAACAUCAAAUUUUAAUGCUCAAAAUGAACCAAAAAAUCCUCGUGAAAAAUUAUCGGCUGAUCAACUUCGACAAAUCCAUAACAGAUCAUGUACAAUCAAACAACGUCGACGAUAUUAUAAAAACGAAUUGAUUUUCGAAAAUAUCGAUUAUCGUUUUUCAAUAAAACAAAUUAAAAUGAUAUUAAAAGAAGAAAAUAUUCCAAUUUAUAUCGUCAAUACAACAACAACAACCGAAAACACAAGAAAAUUGUUUGUCGCUGUUCGUAAUGCAAAAUUAUUAAAGACAUACGAACAACAAACUCAACAUCUAUUUACAAAAAUACAUUACGAACAACUUAAAGCAAAUCGACGAUUGUUACGAGAUGCUCAACAUUAA